UGGCCAUUCUACAGCAGAUUGCCAGCAUGGGGAAUCCCAAUCAAGCGCCCUUCAACACGUGGACGGGUGGCGACCCUUGUGGGGCGCCAUGGGAUGGUGUCAGGUGUUCUGCUGGCGGUGGCAGUUACGACGUGGUUACCGAACUCUUUCUCGAGGAUGCAAAGCUGACUGGCACCUUGCCGCCUUCCCUCUUCGACCUCACAUCCCUACACACAAUCAAUCUCGGCAAGAACCCAGGCCUGCAGGGCUCCAUACCAACAAACCUUGGGAACCUCGUGCAACUGACCAUGCUCAACCUGCAGGGCUGCAAUCUCUCAGGCCCCGUUCCCACCUCCAUAGGCAAUCUGACCCAACUCGUCUACUUCCUGGUGGCUCAGAACCAGCUUUCCGGACCUCUGCCGGACCAGUUUGGGCUGCUGCCGAAGCUGUUUCAGAUCGACAUUAUAGACAAUCACUUCAGUGGCACCCUGCCCACGUUUGCUGGGGCAUCUAGUUUAGUGCACCUCCACAUGAGUCGCAAUCACCUCUCAUCCAUCCCUGGUGAAAUUGCACAAUUGCCAAGCCUACAGCAUUUAAUCGUGGACGGUAAUCGAAUUGUUCAGCCGUUUCCCCUCUCCCUCAACGGAUCGGCCCUCAGUGUUAUUUAUUGGAGUGGCAACACCAUCACCGAGCCUAUGCCCUUGGUUUGGAAUCUUCCAAAUCUGAAGGACUUCCUCGCCAGCAACUGCAGCAUUCCACAACAGACGCUGAUCUCCUUCCCCCAGUCUAAGUCCCUCGCCAAUCUGGAUCUGAGUCAGAACAAUUUCUGGGGUUAUAUUUCCGCCUCUCACUUCACUGACAGCCCCAACCUCGUCAACCUCAACCUUGCCAACAACGCACUGCAGGAUUCCGUCCCUCCUGAGAUCAACCAGGCAGCCAACCUGCAAUCCCUCUUCCUCUCAGGCAAUCGCCUCACGGGCAGGCUGCCAGACCUGUCAGGCCUCAGCAAGGCAGUGUCUCUCUCCUUUUACGACAACCUCCUCACUGGCCCUCUCCCCCGCCUCAACCGCUCCGACAUCACGCUGCAGCUAUACGGCAACCCGCUCUGCUCGCCCUACACUCCCGACAAGCAAGCCCCCUGCUCCCCACCAGCCGACCUCACGCAGUACACUGCACCCUCCUUCUGCCAGGGCUUCGCCUGUGAGGGCGACCUCUACAGCCCCAGCAUGCCGCUCUUUCAGCAGUCCAGCCUCUGCAUCUGCGUGUCGCCACUGCGCGCUGACGUGGCGCUCUACCUGUCGUCCUACGUGGUGUUUAAUCAAGCGCUUGUGGACCGGCUCGAGGAGAUUCUGUUUCAGGAGCUGGUCGGCGGCAAGUUUGGGCUCAAUAUCACCAAGUCGCAGGUGCUAAUCUCAGCAAUCAAGUCCCCUUCAUCUCUCCCCUCCCUCGCCUCCACCUUUGCAUCGGACCACACCACACACGAGUCCACCACCACCGUCUCAAUCCUCUUCUUCCCUCCGGUCGGGGACGACAGCUGGUACCCGCGCGACCUCCCAAAGGGCAUCAAGCAGGCGCUCUCGCUGCGUAACACCGACCCCACGCAGCAGAUGAACCUCAGCGAUUGCAACCUACAAUCCCCAUCACAACCAUCGCAGCAGGCCUCGUCUGGGCUGAGCACUGGCACCGACGCGGGCGUCUCCUCCUUGUCUACCUCUCUUCCUCUCCUUGUAUCCCUCUCUUCCUCUCCUUCCUACAAUCCUCCAGCGCAGCAAUCGUCGUCUGGGCUGAGCACUGGUGCCAUCGUGGCCAUCUCUGUGUGCUCCGCUGCCGUUGCCAUUGCCCUCAUUGUGGCUCUGCUCAUGCGCCCCUGGGCGAGACGAGGGUGGAGCAAUGCGGAUUACGAGGCACUGGAGGGCAUCAACCUGCAGCAUGCGCGGCGCUACUCCCUGUGGCAACUAGCAGAGGCGACUCAUGGCUUUGAUGACUCGGCGGUUCUGGGAGAGGGAGGAUUCGGAACGGUGUAUCGGGGAGUGCUGAACGGUGAGCCGGUGGCGAUCAAGAAGGCGAAUGAGAAGCGGCGGCACGACGGGGUGGAUUUCAAGAACGAGAUCGAGAUGCUGACGGCGGUGUCGCACGGCAACCUCGUGAAGCUCACCGGCUUCUGUGUGGAGAAGGACGAGCAGCUGCUCGUGUUCGAAUUCAUGGAGGGGGGGGCGCUGGACGCCUGGAUCAAAGGAAAGACGGGGCGCGUUUUAUCAUGGAAGGAGAGGAUGCGGAUUGCUCUUGAUGCCGCUAGUGCGCUGCACUACUUGCACAAGGAGAUGAGGCCCGGCAUCAUCCACCGCGAUAUCAAGCCGGCCAACAUUCUGCUGACAGCAUCGCUGGAAGCCAAGGUGGCGGACUUUGGCAUUUCCAAGUCGCUGCCAGAAAAGGGAGAGCUGGUGCAGGAGGAAAUCAUCGGCAGCAAGGGCUACAUCGACCCACACUUUGCGGUGUCGGAGGUGCUGACGGAGCGCAGUGACGUGUUCAGCUUCGGGGUGGUGCUGCUGCAGCUGGCCACGGGGCAGCCGCCCGUCAUUCAGGGAGUGCCGCUCAGCCAGGUCGUGCUGCACCUCGCCUUCGGCCCCCAAGGCCUCUCCGCUGCUGUCGACCCCAAACUCUCCCACUUCCUCCGCGCCCGGGGGGAUCCCACUGCUGCUGCUGCUCCUGCUGCUGCCUCCGCUGCUGCUGCUCCAGCUGCUUCUGCCGCUGUUGCAAAAACUAGCUCUACUGGUGCUGCUGCCGCUGCCGGUGCUGCUGCUGCCGCUGCUGCGGGUGGGGAAAUGAGUGCGGGGGAGAUGGUGGAGGGGUUGGAAGAGACGUUCGGCACGUUCCUGCGGGUGGCGCUGUGGUGCACGGCAGAGCACCCCUCGCUUCGUCCCGACAUGGAGCAGGUCGUAUCUGCGCUGCGCAGCAUCAGGGACCAUCUCCGGGCGCUACCUGGGGGAGGCGCUGCUGCUGACAGCUCACUUCCCCACCAUGCUGGCAGUGCAGCAGCAGCAGGUGCAGGUGCAGGUGCUGGUGCUGCUGGUAGUGUGGGGCCUGCAGGAGCUAUCCCUAGUGGCGCCAAUGGUUACAACGCACCUGCUGGUAACCAGCGAGCUUCAGCAGCAGCAGGGUUCAGCCCAGGGGGGAGAUCUCCUGAGACUGGGCUCACAGGGGCACCGUCUAGUAUGACCACUCUGUGGAACCCCAUGGGGGAUUCUUCGUCCGGUCAACCCGGGUCAAACUGGUCAAACCUGGGUGAGGAGCAGACGACGUUGAUGGACGGGUAUGGCGACACGGGCACACAGAACCAAACCUUGACAGGGCCGCGUGCCCGAUAG